GAAUGUAUCGAGUGGGGUCUCCGGGGAUAGAGACAGGGGAAGGGGUCAGGGGAGUAACCCGUACUCAGGCAUCAGCACCAGCAGCCCCGGCUCACUCACCGACAUGUCGGAGAUACCGCGCAGUGAGGAGCCGGCGGUCACCCCGGACCUGUUUAAGGAGGUGAAGUUCUUCGCGGUGGGAGACAUCGAUCAGCAGGUGAUCCAGCUGCUGAAGGCUGGCAAGGCGAAAGAGGUUUCCUAUAACGCAUUGGCGACACACAUUAUUGCAGAAGAUGGUGACAACCCGGAGGUUGGAGAAGCUCGGGAAGUGUUUGAUCUGCCAGUGGUUAAGCCAUCCUGGGUAUUUUUGUCAGUACGGUGUGGCCAGCUUCUUCCAGUCGCUGGCUUCUCUCCAGAAGGAGGACAGGUAUUCUCAGGAGUUACAGCUUGCCUGUCACGGGUUUCUGCUGAAGACCGCAAAACACUAUGGGCUUUAAUAACUUUUUAUGGAGGGGACUGUCAACUCAAACUCAACAAGGCUUGCACCCACUUAAUCGUGCCUGAACCUCAGGGGGAAAAGUACAACUGUGCUUUGAAUCGAAGCAGCAUCAAAGUGGUGACGCCGGACUGGGUGGAGGACAGUGUGACAGCGAAAUCCCGGAAGGACGAGUGCACGUAUCACCCUCGCCUCAUCGUUCUGGAGGAGGAGGAGGAAGAGGAAGAUUUGGCCGGAAACAAUGAGGAGCCGGAGAUGGACGACAAGUGCUCAGCCAGGAGCAGCCCAGCGUCAUCGCGAGCUGCCUCUCCGCUGAGCAUUCCGGGCUCCCCCCGCAAGCGGUCGGGCGAGAAGGCGACUGGGGAGAUCAUGUUCGACGACUCUUCAGACUCUUCCCCCGAGAAGCAGGAGAGGAACCUGAACUGGACCCCGGCGGAAAUCCCACCCCCCACCGCCGCCGCCGCUUCGGCCAAGCGCAGGCUGGCUCACGGCAAGGAGUCUGCCCUCAUCAACCUGUGCGCCAACGUCCCGCCGGUUCCUAGCUCCGUCUCUAACCCAGAGGCCAGGGCCGGCUUGGUGGCCCCCGGGCAGGGGGCUCAGGGCCCCGAGAUGGUGACGGCCUGGAGCCCUGCGGUCAGGACGCUGCGCAAUAUAACCAAUAACGCCGACAUUCAGCAGAUCUCCAGGCCGUCGAACGUGGCGCAAAUCUUACAGUCCCUUUCAGCUCCGACUAAAAACCUGGAAACCACCAAUCAGAACCAGCAGGGUCCGGACCCGAGACAUUCGAGCGCUGUCUUGUUCACGCAGGUUAAGCAGCUGACCCCCGAAGCACAGCAACACCAGCUGCUGCAGCUCCAGCAGCAGCAUCUGACGCAACUGCAACUACAACAGCAGCAACAACAGCACCACCCUCAACUGCACCAGCAUCCCUUCCAGCAGCAACAGCAGCAUGCGUUCUCCCAGCAGCACCAUCAUUUGCAGCAGCACCUCCAGAGGUUACAGCAACAGCAGCAACAGCAUUUACAACAGUUGCAGCAACAGCGUUCUGUGCAGCAACAGCAGCUGCCGAUCUUUGGGCACGAUCCGGGCCUCGAAAUCCCAGAAGAGUCCUUUUUAUUGGGUUGCGUUUUUGCAAUUGCUGACUACCCUGAGCAAAUGUCAGAUAAACAACUGUUGGCAACUUGGAAAAAGAUUAUCCAAGCCCACGGUGGAAUUGUAGAUCCCACCCUGACCAACAGAUGCACGCACCUCCUGUGUGAAAGUCAGGUCAGCAAUAUGUACACCCAGGCUCUGAGAGAAGGAAAGCGAUGCAUCACCGCUCAUUGGUUGAAUACCAUUUUAAAGAAGAAGAAAAUGAUUCCACCUCAUCGAGGGUUGCAUUUUCCGGUUGCUUUCCCGCCAGGUGGCAAGCCCUGCUCCCAGCAUAUGAUUUCUGUCACUGGAUUCAUGGACAACGAUCGAGCUGACUUGAAGCUGAUGGGUUAUUUAGCAGGGGCCAAGUACACAGGAUACCUCUGUCGUAGCAACACCGUCCUCAUCUGCAAAGAACCGUGUGGAUUGAAAUACGAGAAGGCGAAGGAGUGGAGGAUACCUUGUGUGAAUGCUCAGUGGCUCUGUGACAUUCUCCUGGGAAACUUCGACGCAUUGCGACAGAUUCAGCACAGUCGCUACACAGUGUUCAACCUCCAGGACCCUCUUGCACCCAAUCCACAACUGGUUUCAAAUCUUUUAGCUGCUUGGCGGAUGCCACUGAAGAUCUCAACAGAGCUGUUGAUGAAUGUACGUCUCCAGACUAAACAGAAACAAAAUGAAUAUAACGUUCCACCUCCUGUAAAAAGAGCAAGGAUUGAGGAUCUGCCACCACCGUCAAAAAAGCUUCCUCCAGAGUCAACACCAGCAGUGCUGUUCACAGGAUUUGAGCCUGUCCAGGUUCAGCAGUAUAUCAAGAAACUCUAUGUGCUUGGUGGUGAAGUUGCAGAGUCUGCUCAGAAGUGUACCCAUCUGGUGGCAAAUAAAGUGACCCGUACAGUGAAGUUCUUGACUGCCAUCUCCACCGUAAAUCACAUCGUCACACUUGAGUGGUUAGAGGAGAGUUUUAAAAGUCAGAAGUUUAUUGAUGAGCAGAAUUUUGUCCUGAGAGAUGCAGAAGCAGAAGUUCUCUUCUGUUUCAGUUUGGAGGAGUCACUUAAGAGGGCGCAGAGUGCUCCCUUAUUCAAGGGGAAGUAUUUCUACAUCACUCCUGGAAUUUGCCCCAGUCUUGCAACGAUGAAAGCCAUUAUUGAGUGUGCAGGUGGUAAACUGCUGUCCAAACAACCUUCCUAUCGCAAAAUCAUGGAGCAUAAACAGAACAAGAGUUUGUCUGAGAUAAUCCUCAUCUCAUGUGAAAAUGACCUUCACUUAUGCCGGGAUUAUUUUCACCGAAAUAUAGAUGUCCACAACGCAGAGUUUGUUUUGACUGGUGUCCUGACGCAAACGCUUGAUUAUGAAUCAUAUAAAUUCACCUGAAGUGAUGCUGGGUGCAUGGUGUCACACAGCCAGAUUGCCAAGACAGUGCUGAGUCAAACUACUGAGGAGCUGGGACAAGAGUGUUGUACUUUUCUGCUGACUGUCACACUACUGUUCAGUCUGAAGUGUCUUCAGUGAAACAGGCAGAUCCAGACAGGAGAGGGAAAUGAAAAGAAAUUUGCAUCUUUUUUUAAGAUGUAUUACUUCAGAAACAUAUUUUGUUAUGUUUUACUACAGUGCUGGCUUGUUUUCUUACUGUAGAAUAUUGUACUGAUUAUUUUAGCCAGUUCAGAUAGUAAUCGAUUAUUUUUAAUAAGCUGUUUUUAACUAUGACUGUGGCACAGGCCCAUAAAUGAAAAUCUAGCUCUAACUCUCCUUUAUUAUGAAAAUUUAUAAAGGGCUGUUGUCUGAUAAAUUAUGAAUGUUUUGAAAUU